AUGAGACCGUUUAAGAGAAUCCCGUUGAUCCAGAGGAGGUUCAACUCAUACAGCUCGCACCUGGCGACGGCUCGGAAGGCGUGUCUGGAGGCGCUGCGUCAGUACGACAAGUCGUCGUACGUGCUCUCUGCUUAUGUCCCUGAGCCUGCUCGAGAUGCCUACAUUGCGAUCAGGGCGUUUAACCUCGAGUUGUCCAAGAUCACGGGUUCUGACCCUAACCAGGUGAACCAGAGGCUGAAGUCGUCCCUUGGCUUCACUUCUACGGACCUCAGGAUCAAAUUCUGGGAAGAUAUGCUGCUGAAGCUGUUCCAGGACCCGUUUGCCGAUAGGGUCAUCGGAGAGCCUGUUGGGAUACUGCUGAGGGACGCUCUGCGGAAUGAGUUGAAGUUUGACCCUUCUCAUUUCGACCAGAUGCUGAGUACGCGUAACGACUUCUUACAGAGACAGGAGUUCCGUACGGUGGAUGAAGUGUGUUCCUACGGUGAAGGUCAAUUCUCCCAGCUGAACUACUUGGAACAGGACCUUCUCCUGUCAGACCAGAUAUCGCCCUCCACUGUGUCACUGGUAGAGCAGAAUGACGACAUUGCAAUUCUCAUGAGAGAAAUCUGUGCACAUUUGGGGCAAGCCACCGGAGUUGCCACUAUUGUGUUGGCUACGCAGUACUAUGCCCGUCAUACCAACAGGAUCUAUCUCCCAGUCGAUGUGAUGGCCUCUUAUGACUUAUCGCAGGAAGAUCUGUUGAGACUGUUUCAAGGACAUGAGGACAUCGAUAAGGAGAGAAUCACUACACAGUUGAAAGAUGUUGUGUAUGAGACUUGUAUCACUGCAAAUGAUCAUCUCUUAACGGCAAGAUCAAAGCUCAAGCAGGUUAAAGAAUUGACGGCAAAGUUCCUGGACACUACUAGCGAUGCCAUGAUCUUGGAAAGAUCCAAGAACUGGAAAUGUGGAUUGCCUGACUGUUUGUUUGUUCCAUUCAUGAAUGCUAUUCCACUACAUGGUUAUCUACAGGCAUUGGAAAAGAACGAUUUCAACAUUGUUGAUUCCAAAUUUGAAAAUUCAUACUGGAAGCUGGUCUACAAGAGUUACUCCUCCUACAAGUCAAGAACUAUUUAAUCAUCCUUGUGAUGCUCUAUUUAUUGAUUCACUCCCUCUGUAUAUACACAUGAUAUUUAUUUUGAAUAUUAAACUCACGAUUGGAACGAUGU